CGUCCCGGGGCGGCGGAUUGGCAGCGCCGUGCUCCAAUGGAGCGGCGGCUCCGCACCGCCCGCGAUCCCGGUCCCAGACGGCCCGGCGCUCCGCUCCCGGACCCGCUCCGACGACAGCCAUGGACACAUAGCCUCGGUCCAAACGCAGGAAGAUGCGCAGUCCCAUCCCAGGCCUGGGCAAGGUGAUGGUGUUCCUCGCAGCAGCCCUGGCAUCAGCCUCCCUCGCCAUCCCCGAGGCCUGGGGAGAGGAAGGUGUGCAGUAUGGACAGGUGGGGACAGACGUGACCCUGUCAUGUGCUGGUGCCCAUGCCAGCUCAAUGGUGCAGUGGAGACGGGCAGGUGCCACGGCGCUGCCAGAGGGCUCAGAUAUCCAUCAGGGAGACCUGGUGCUGUCGCACGUUGGCUUGGCUGCUGCGGGGAUCUACAGCUGCCACAGUGAGGAUGGUGGCCUCCUGCACACCGUGUCUCUGCGGCUGGGGUACCUGCCGGGAGUCCCCUUUGUUUCCUGCAGAGCAUCUGACUAUGAGAAUUUCUCCUGCUCCUGGACCUCCAGUGUGGAGACCUUCCUCCCUACCAAAUACAUCACCACCUACAGGAAGAAAUCGCUGACGGGUGAAGAGAAGCGGAGGAACAAGAACAGGCACAUGGGGCCAUGCCUGCAGGAUCUGUCUCGCCCUGGCACGUGCACUGUCCAUGGGUCAGAAUUUUGGAGCUCCUACCGCUUGAACAUCACUGAGGUGAACCCACUGGGAUCCAGCUUCCGCCUCCUUGACAUCACCAUGCAGGCCAUCAUUAAGCCAGACCCACCAGAAGGUUUGGUGGUGGAGCCCAUCCCCUUGGCCCCACGACGGCUCCAUGUGAGCUGGAAGUACCCCUCCUCCUGGCCCAAGGAGCCUCACUUCCAGCUCAGGUUUCGGCUUCAGUACCGGCCUGUCAUCCACCGCUCCUGGUCUGUGGUGGAGACAGUAAACCUCUCCGAGGUGAUCACAGAUGCCUUUGCUGGGCUGGAACACGUGGUCCAAGUGAGCGCCAAGGAUUUCCUGGAUGCAGGGAACUGGAGCGAGUGGAGUGCCGAGGCCCGAGCAACGCCAGUCAGAGACCUAACCACCACGGCGAGUGAAGAAACCACUACAGACACCAGGCUGGCGAGCUUGGCUGAGGAGUCCUCGCAGGCUCCCAACCCUGAGCCCAUCAACCACAGUGACUCUCUGGAGAAGAUGGCUGUCCUAGUCUCCCUCGGGAUCUUUGCCUUCUUCGUGCUGGCUGCUGUUCUUGUGAUCACCAUCCUCAUCUGGCUCCGAGUGAGGAAACACAGCAAGGACAAGACCAAACCCCACAACUUCUUGGUUGCUGCCACGCACUUGAAGGCAUUGCCAAGUGAGUCAGGUUGCAGGGGAGAGGCCCAGAUCCUGUAGUGAGCCCUGGCCAAUCCCUGCACCCUGCAUCUGCUCACCCACGCGUGGGACUUGAUGCCACUGCUGGCCUCCAAGGACCCUAUGCCUCCUGGGUCACCCCACAGCUGUGGACGUUGCAUGAGCCCCCAGCACCCGGCAAGUGCAGGAUGGACCUAAGAAGAGAAGUUCUGCUCCCAGGAGCCUUGGGCUGCCCAUGCCUGCCAGGAGCCAGCUGGAGGCACCUUGGACUCAGGGCAACAGGCCAGCCCUACCGCCAGACGCUGCUGAACACAUGGGGAUCAGACGCUGAGCCAGCAUCACUUCACUGUCUAGUGUUGAGGGGGACUAUGUGUGCAGGCUCCCAGGGGUGAGCAGGGAGUGCUGAGCCCUGCCCGUCACCCCUACCAGCCACCAGCAGGCAGAAGGGACCCCUCUCAUCCCUCUGCCCCUCUCCUUUGUGCUGUGGCUGGACGGAGCAGUGAUGCCAAUAAAGGGGAUAGCAUUGGCACUGCACAAGCAAGACUCUCUUGCAGAGUGUGCUGGACCAGGGGACAAUGAGUGCCACUGGUGCGAUGCCAGCUUGGGGAUGGUCCUUGCAGGAGACGCACAGACAGCUGAGCUGGUCUUCAAACAGGUCAGCCUCCUCCCCAUGUGCCUGAAGGGGCUGGAAGAGAUCCUUCCCCGGGCCAGCACUUGCUGAGUGCCAGAAGAGGAUGCAGGAGCUGCCUGGGACAUCUCCCCUCCCCUCGCCAGCCCAGCAGCAGAGACAGCACCCUUUCCACAGCCCUCCUUGCUCGGCAUGUGGCCCCCUCCCGACGCCUCAACCUGGCCCCUCUAAUGGGUUCCAUGUGUUGGCACCUUCCAAGCCUGGUGCUCAGCGCCAGCAGCCCAAUGAGAUCCAGAUGGGGCUGGGUGGAAAUUCAGGCAGCAGUGGCGGCGGGAGCAGAGGCAGAGCCGAGUGAGUCCUUGUGCCUGCAUCACUGGAAGAUUUGUUACUCAAGGCUGGGCCUCAAAGCUCCGCUGGGUGCAAAGGGAUCCGUGAGGGGAGGGACCUCUUGAAAGUUCCUUGGGACUGGAUUGGAGAGGACAGGGCAGAACUGUACCCUUUGCAGUCUGUGCUUCUGCCCUCGCUGGUUGCCCCUACAUUCCCACGCUGAGUACUGGGGCAUGGAGGCUGCCCAUGCCAGUGCUUGGUUCUGUGAGAUCCCAGCCCCUUGCUGUGCCUCGUGAACACACUCUCCCUGAAUCGGGGAGGUAGGGGUCAGCCCUCCAUCUCCUAUGUGCUACUGGGAUGGCACCAUCCUUUGACGGGAAUGGGAGAGGUAUAAGGGACCAGAUCCUGCCUGGGUGUCUGGGCCCAACAGCCACAUUCCCUUUCCCAGGUGAAUUCCAGAACUUACCAGCUCCAGUUCUCAUGCUGGACUCUGCAUCACCUGCUGGACUCUGGUCUCCAGCAUCCAACCAAGCCAACACACUUAAAGAUAUGUCACAGUCACCCUUGUCUCCCUUCAGUCCCCAGCACGCCAUGGGCAGCCCUUUCCACUUGGAAACCUGCUGUUGUCACCACAGAUCCUAGUCCUCUGCCACUGUGGAGGGGAUGAGGGCUGCAGUUGUCCAUAGGAUGCCUUUGAACACAUCCAACAUCCAUCCAGUAACUGCAGCUCCAGCAUUUGCAAACAGCUCAGUGGUUUCUCAGCACCUGGUGCUCAUUUAGAGUCUGAUGUCUGCUCAAGAUGCAGGAGCACAAUGGCCAGAAAGUGGGAGAACGUGUAAGCCAGGGGCUCCAGCCCCUUUAUCCAGCUUUCUUAUAGACUCCCAAAAGCCCAGGUGAGCACCGAAUAGAAGGGGAUUGCUGCUGGCCAAGGGGAGCAGAGACCACUGGAGUCUUGCAUAUCCAGAAGGUAAUGUGUGUCUGCUCCAUGCAGGCGAGCUGAGGUGGAUAGAUGGGAAAGGCUGGGCAGAGGGGUCCCAGAGCUGUGCUGUCACCAUAUGCCAAGCCCUCUGUCCCCUUCCUUAGGCAGGGCUGGGCUCGCCAGGCAGUGGGAACACCCAGUUCUAGUGGCCAGGGCAGCUUAUGGAUGGGAGGUGCACAUCCGGUCCUCAUCACAGCAUCCCACUGCCCUUGGCACUGGAAGCUGGCCUCUUUCAUCUCUGAUGGAAGCUUUAGAGACAGGACCUGCCGCCCUUUUGGGAGCUGAAGAUAUCAAGAACAGGCUAGAGCUCUACAUGCCACCAUGAAGUCCUGCCAGUGUGCACCAUGGCUGCCUGCUGGGAUGUGCACUGACUCAGCCCCCUGUCCCAACAGCCUGUAGAUAUGACACAUGGGCAGUAGGGACCCCAAGGAAAGAGCAAGCCCAGUGCUUACGGGGCUAAAGGUGCUUUGUGCUGCACACCAAUCUGCCGGAGAGGAGGAUGCCAUGGUGCUGGACAUGGGGGAAUGUGCACACUGUGAACUGGUGAAGACGCAAGGGGAGGGCUUGGGUGACCAGCAAUCUGGGAUAAAGGAGAGGGCUCCGGAUGCCAAAGUCAACUUUGCCUUCAAGCUGUGGAGAAGAAAAACAGGAAGGGACCAUGAGAGCAGACCCAGCACCGGCACCUCCCUGUCCCACCACGGGGCCAGGGCACUUCCUCCACGGCUCGGGCUCUUUGGUGUCUCACACAGCCGCUGAAUUAGCAGAAGGCUUCCAGCUGCAGGCUGGAGCUCUGCCUGGAUGCGCCCUGCCCGAAGUAGGCAAACUUGCCUUGUUGCUGUAUCCCACUCUUCUCAGCAUAGCUGGUGAGCCAAGAUAGUGGGAGGAGCUGGUAUGAGCCAGGUCUGGGGAUGCUGAGGCUGUGCAGCCUGUGGUCUGCACACGAGGAGUGGGUAGAAGUGCAGGAGAGCAACACCCAGGUCCUGCUAGGGACCCAAAUUUUCCAGAAGGCGAUGCCCCAUGCCAGAGAAGGUCUUCAGUUCAGAGGUACAGAAAGGCUUGUGUCUUCGCUUUGCGUUUCCGUGUAGUGAAGGUUGGCUCCAUCCAGAGCAUCUGUUGAGCAGAAACUGGAGUGCAUCAGCUACCUAGGUAUUUGUGGGGCUAGUCUGGAAAAGCGAUAGCCUGGGCCAAAGCCGUUGUGGUAGGACACUGGUUAUGGACAGUUGUGCAGCAGUGCCUGGGCUGCUUGACUGCCAGAGACUCUGCCGAAUAUCUGAGCUGGCCCUCAGGCCCAGCCGCCACCGCUCCCUGCCUCACUGACAAGAUCAGUCUGUAUUUUGCAGGGGAGGAGAUGGGCUGCACAUGACUGUCAAGCAAAACAGUCUCAACUUACCUGUCAACUUACAUGUCAUGGCUGUCCCUGCUUCCUUCUCCACCACAUCCUGAGCCAAGGAAAGAAGUAAAAGUAUCCCUGGCGGAUUGUGGAAGACAUAGAGUCAUGAAGCAUACAUGUCACGGGACAAGGGAGAAAAGAAAGGGUAUAUGGUCAGUGAUUCAGCAAGAAAGGAAAGAUGCACGGGCUGAGGGAAAGAGCCACGCAGAUGUAUAAAUGGAUGCAUGGAUUGGUUGGCAGAGGGAGAAAGGGAUGGAUAUAUGGGUAGAUGCAUGGAUGAAUGGAUAGAUAGGCUGUCUGGACACCCAAAUACCAUUCUAAGCAUCAAAGAUGCUCAUUAUGCAGGAGCUAACUUGUGAAGAUGGCUGGGAGGCCAAGUGUGUAAGGGGUAAGGGCCACCUGACAAAGGGUGGCCCAUGGGCAGAGCAAGGGCAAUAUUUGGGAACAAGUCUCACUUGUGACCACUCAUCCAGUCCUCAUGGAAGUGGCAUCACAGCUGACAUGGGAAAACAGGCGUCUGAAUUGUUACCACUGCAAGUCCCAAGAGUUCAGGGGAGAGCAUUGGCCAUGUCUAGGCCCCUCAGGACCCACUUCCAUUUCAUGCUGUCUAGGCACUGGGGAUGCAGGAGCAGCAGGGACCCUGCCCCAGGGACAGUGAAUCCAAACGCAAAUGCUUUAAAAAUCCAGUGCUGAGCAUUCACCCUGGCCAUAGAUUUCAUCUCACCUGCAUGGAUGUCUUACUAGAUGGUCCAACCCCCCGGGCCACUGGAUACCCUUGAAGUCACCCAUACUCCCUCUUCUUCAUCUGCCUCCCUUUCUAGCUACCACAGGUCUGCAAACUCCUUGCCCAUCAUCUGCUCUUCCCUGAAAGAGAGAAGGAGAGACAUCAUGUGCCAGGACAGAGGUGUUGGCACACAAACAGAUAUGGAGAGGGGAGAGGCCUGAGACAUCUCUUCUUACUGCCUCAUUGUAGGCUUCGCCAUGCAGAGAAGGACUGUAUCUUUCUUUGCUUGCUGGGGCUGGCAUCCAGGAUGCUUUUGCUCAUUCAUGGCUGUGGAAGGCCAAGCACAUGGCCACAGAGAUGCUGAGAAGCUAAAGCCAGCAGCUUAGCUGUACCCAACCACUGCUCUCAUGAUGCUCUUGGGAAAGGGCUGCUCCCUCCUCAAACCAGCAGCAGCUCUUUGGAUGAGCUCAUCAAGCCCAGGACUUCCUUGCCAGCUUUUUUUUGCACUGGAAACAGAGCUGUUGUCCAAACAACAGUUCCUAGCAUUUUGUGUACCUGCCAUGAAGUGGGGUGGCACUGGGGGACACAUGCAAUCAUAUCGCUUUUCACAGCAGUGCCCACUGUGUAUUCCCCAUGCACACAUCUCUGCUGUGCAGCAUGCGGACCAUGUCUCCUUGAUGCUGCCAUACCACUUGCUCUGAAGAAAUGACCUUUUUCCUUCCAUGUGGCAGAAACUCCAUCAUCUCCUACAGGUGCCUCCAGAGCUGUGGGGACUGAAACAGAGCAGAAGACAUUCUUAGAGCUUACCUGGGCAGGGACAGGGAGCCUCUCUGCCUGCUUUCCUCCCACCUACUGGACCUUGUGCUCCCUUACAUUCACUGCCACAUCAGCUGCUUCAUCUGCAGGACCAGACCAGGGAAAGAGAGGUUAUGAACAGCAUAACCCAGCCCUACACAGGAGCUGCCCAAGCAGCUGAGGUACUCCAGCACUCCCUGUGUUUCCAGGAUUGCAAGGAGCAAGCACUGGGCAGAUAGACAGCCCUGUACAGCAGGGCAAUUCCCUGCACCCUGAAAAUGAUGAGCCAGAGUUAAAUGUGACGCUGGGAGUCACAUGUGGCUUUACAGGGUUGCAUCUCGUGGAGUCCUCACAACAAUACAAGCAACCCCCAAGCCUUUGGUCUGCACUGGAAGAUCUACUACAUGCAGCUGAGCUCCACAUACGUGCUGGGCAUUGGCAUAGUCACCAGUCUACAGAUCUGUGUCUACAUCUGGGAUCUCCUGGAGGAUGCUGACUGAUCCCCAGGAGGAUCUGCUGACCUGGAAGGCAUGGAUGCCCAUGAGGAUGCUGGUCUAGAAGACACAAAUGCUUGGGAAGAUGCUGACCUGGAAUGUCAUUGAUUGCCAGGGGGAUGCUGGAGAUGCCAGCCUGGAAGGUACGGAUCCCUAAGAGUGUGCUGACCUGGAACAUGGUGAUGCCCAGGAGGCUGCCAACUUGGAAGGCAUCAACCCUCAGGGGGAUGCUGACCUUGAAGGCACCAGUCCCCAGGGGUGUGCCAGCCUAUAAGGCACAAUUUAUCCAGCACAUGAUGCUUCCUCCUGUGCUCCAGAGCACUUCCUUCAUCUUCCCAUGUAUGGGAACAGCCAGGGACCACAGGGAGGAGGGUUUGUGCUGGGGGUCCACAUUCACGCAGGUAUCCGUGGCUGACUGCAAAGAGUCUGGUAAGCUGCCCAAGGGUGGGAAAGUUCUGCAAGAAUCUGAGCCAGCAACACUUCUCCCAGUUUCCCUCCUCUCCACAGCUCCCCGCUGGGACUGGGAGCUGCUGCCUGGCCAUAGGCUGGUGGGGGGAUGGCCCCCUACACCGUCCCAAAAUAGUUCCAAGCCUUGUCCAUCCACAGGCACUGAGCCGGCAAAUCGGAUGCCCAGACCCUGCAUUCCCACUAGGUGGCAAACACUGCCUUCAAAAAAGCCUUUCAAGGCUUAAGUGCCUUCCCUGGGACGAGAGGCUGAGAAAACCCUUCCACGGGGCAAAGUACUGUGAGGGAAGGGCCUGACACUGCUGGCAAGUGGGGCUGAGGGCAGCAGGGACCCCUGAAAUGCUCAUCCUUUUCUCCUGCCAUUUCUUAAAUUGUUUUCUUUUCCCAUCUACCUGGCUUCCCCCUCCUCCACUUUCCAGGAGACCCAUCCCUCACCCUACGCUAGUGAGGCUGAGCAACCUGGACGUGCAGGAGAGACAUCUAUUUAACCCCAAGUAGCACCUUGAACUUCCACAGCCACAAAGCAAAACCCAGAAGCUUUGCUGAGAACUAAUUAUUCUGUGGUUUGCAAGCCUGUGUGUUCAUUCCUCCUUGCAAGCCCCUAGGUCCAUGGGCAAGUCAUUUUGCCAGGUAUAAAUAAAGGAGGCAGGGAUGAAGACUGUGCGAGUGGACAUGCACGGUUGUCUAAGAUCUUCUGCCAGCUCAGAUGUAUUUCCAGGCUUGUAUAUAUUUGUUUGAAUUCAGCCCCGUAUUUUCUCAUGGUCUCUUUAUUAACCUUGCACAGAAUUUUUCUGGGUGUUUGCUGCUGGCCCUGGCACCACUGCAAUAUUGCUGUGUAGUUAAACAUGAUGUGUCAUAGCUAAUGAAGGAGCUAACUGUGGACAGUAAACGUUUAAUAUGGACAAAUCAAGCCAAUUAGACAAUGUUGAGAGAGAAGUGUAUCACCUCAGCUGUAUCAGCCCUGUGUGGAGGAGAGGGUCUAUGGAAGGGUACAACCCCAGCUGCUACAGGAUCAGCAGCUCCUAGCACCAGCCAAGGAUAAAGACCCUGAACACAGAUCCCUGCAUGUUUCUGCAGACCCCUCAGACCACCACGUAUGUAGCUUCAUCUGCAAGAAGACAUUCUCUUAAAAGGAGGAUUUUUUUUCUGAAACAAAGAUCUCUGGGUGGCUAGAGAGGAGAGCAGCUGUGUCCAGCAUGGAGCUGCAGAAUGAGAAGUAGUAAAUCAUCCCACUCAACGCAUUCCUUGGAGUCUCUCAACGGGACUCUUGGCUGUUCCACAGCAUGCUGUCUGCUUUCAUGGUGAACCUGGGGCUCCAGACCUCAGCAGUGCUUGGAUGGGUGCACUAGGGAACCCCAAUGGCCGCGUUCCCAACGGCAGACCUCCAGAGCAUUAAUGAGCUAAUGGCAGCAGAUGUAUUUCCUCCACAAAGCUCUUGGGAGCCCAGCUCCUGGCAGCAUCUUCUGCUCUUGCAGCCUCCAACAUUUCCUGCCUGGGAAUGUUGCUUGGCAUCACUUACGCUUGGGUGAGAAGGGUCAGUCAGGCAUUCUGGCCACUUCCCUCAGGAAGAGAUUAUUGCCUCUUCCUCCCUGAGGUCUGGGAAGUCCCUCUCAGGGCUAUUUAUAGUCAAAGAGAAAGAUGUGAAAAAUGAAAGGAAGAGGGUGACUGGGGAAUAGAAACUGAGGGAGCUGUCAGGAGCCAGUUUGCAGUGUGUGGCUCAGGGCAGCAAAACACUGACCCAUUGUGACAGCCACUGAACUGCGAGUAGGGCAGGUAGAAAGACCACUCCAGCACAGCUCCCUGCCAGCUCAACCCCUUGUUGGCAUGUGCCGAUGCCUGGGGAUGUGGGAUCGGGGUAGAAGCUGUGACAACAUGGAUGAUGUGGGCUCCGAUGUGUCCCUGUGGCUUGAGGCUCCCGCAUCCGUUUGCUACUUUCAUAGCCUCCAAAGCAGAGCAGCACAGGCGUGGCUGCGUCAGUAUUGAAGGUGGGAUUUACAGAUCCACAAGGGCUUGAUCCAGGGGUCUUGUCUGCACAGUCUGUGUGCCUGCUGAGCAGCAGGAUCAGAGAUCACUACAACACCCCACAGGCUAUACAUUACCCUACUCUACUAACCCCUCCUGACUGACUCCACCUCACUCCUGACCUGAGAACAGCAAGGAAUGGGCAAGUGCCAUUGCCUGAGGAUGUCACGUACUUGCGUUGAUGUGUGCCUGAUUCCAGCUUUCCAGCUGAGGUCCUGGGAGCAGUUCCGGUCGUUCCCUGUAAGCUCAAGGUUCUCCGCUUUUCAUCCUGGCUCUCUAAAAGGUAACGUGUUGCCACAAGCAACAGGCAGGCCCUUGCCCCCAGCCUUGCUUCCCCCCCGACACAGAUCUCUGUAUGUUGGACACUAUUUUUGUAUUGCUGAUGAGUAGUCACAAGCUAGAGAGUGAGCCAGGGGCUCUUCGGCAAGUACUGGUACUGCCAGGUGAGAACAUUCUAUAGUAUGAAGCAGUCAAUGCUUCAGAAGUGCUGCUGAAGCCGCACUGUGCUACUCUGCGUAAGGACAUGCACCUCUACCUUUCAUAAGGUCUUUGCCACUACACAACUGCAAAGAAAAGGGGUUAUGCUUGGGCAGUGGGCAGAAGGGGGAGGCUGUGGGGCUGUGCAUCUCCUUUACACCCAUUCGGAUCCCCCAACACGUGAUGGAUGAGUGGCAUUAGGAAGCAAGGUAGCUGAAGGGCUGGGGAAAUUAUUUUGCUGCAUGUGGAGCUGAGGGAUGAACUUCUCCAGAGCCAUGUGACCUUGCUGUCCAGGGGAGUAGAGGCAAUAAUCCGCCCCAGCAGAAACAUUGUGCAGAAACCAAUGCCACAGAGAAAAGCUCCACACAGCUACCUCCGAGCUGGGGUACCAGUUCUGCUGAGGAUUGCUUUCUGGCCCUGGUCCAAAGGACAUGGGACAACCAGCCUCCACCUUACUAAAAGCUCCUCAGUCUCCUUGGCUGCACCCAAAUUCUCUUUUGGAAAUUAUACCAGCCCCUGGGGUAUAACCAGCCUUGCCAAGGCUGGUUGACCUGGACCAAAACCUCCCAGGAAUAAUGCUGAUGGUGUUUGAGCACAAGGGGACAUUUACUUUAGUUACUGUCACCCACAGAGCCUCAAUGCCUUGCACUGGCCACCACUAUGUCUUCAGGGGGCACUGGGACAGUCAAGACGUUCAGACUCCUGUCCAUAGCGUAGCUAAAGAUAACUGUUAAGUGAUGGGGCCUGCUGGAAGGAUAAAUGGAAGGAAACAUGUACAAAUCAUGUGCCACCACUGCCUGAAUGGCAGCCUGCUGCAGUCCAGCAGAAGGGGAACCCAGCAGAGGUCGAAGCCUCAGAGUGGAAGAAAGGUGAAGGAGUCAGUGGUUCAGAUCCCGUGGUGGGUUCAGAAACUCCACUUCCUGCGGGAUUUCAGCUGUGUUCGUUUAUUUGUCUUGUAUAAGCACUUUGGCUUUGCUCCAGGGCUAAGUUCUGCAGUUGAUAAACUCUUUCUUUAUCCUUCUACGUGAUGAUCCUUUAAAUACAGCAGUUGCUAAGCUGUGGCUUGAGGAUCCACGGUGAAGACCUGACAGGUGAUCUUCAGACCAGCUUCACUUCUGUAGUGCAGGGCUGGAAACCCAUUAAGAGACGUAAGAGCUGAAGGGGAUCUGGAUGCCAGUACUGGUGCCUGAAGAGUCAUGCUUUCAUUUCCUCCUCAACACAGCCACUUUGAAGAGAAAACGUUAGAAAGGAUUUGCUGCCUUUGCUGGGACACUGGCUGCAAGAGGAAGUGCAAGUUCCCUUUCCAUAGGCUCCAGCAACCGCUACUGUGAUUCCCCAGUAUAAUAAUUCUCAUACCCUUCUUCAAAGCACAACUGGGAUCUAGAAAGUAAGAAAAGCCAAAAAGGACAAUGGUAUGCAAGGCCAUUAGGUUUUGUUCCUGUCACACCAAGGGAAGCCCAGCCUCUUGGUGUCUUUAGGACCUGUGCUCCUUAGCUUUGCCGAGAGUAGCAAUGGGGCAAUGCAACCCCCGUUGCCCCUUUCCUACUGCUGGUGCUGGGAGACAUAACACAGAGUGAAAAAGUACCUCUCCAGCCUCACAAUCCAUCAGCGGCAAAGGACAAAUUAGCAUCCACAAUGCGAGAACAGGGAAGGCAAGACUGAGACAGAGUGAUUGUGAAUGUCCCUUCAAGGAUAUGAACUGGCAUCAUAUCACUGUGAAUACUUACGCAAAUGCACCCAGGGCAGUGUAGUCUGCAAAUCUGAGCAGAUUGUAAAAAAGGGGAUAAAGCGCUGAGUUUUGCCUUGAUCAUUAGAAUUAUAUUGAGGUUUUUUUCCCUUGAAGACAGUUACCAGGCUGAGUUUGUGUAUCUUGUACCUAAUAAAUGUAUUAAAACCCCUUUAACCUACUG